AUGAGCCCAUUGUUCAGCGUUCCCCCAGAAAUUCGAUUUGAAAUCUUUACAUGGGUGCAUACAGGGACGGAGCUUACUGAAAACCCACAGGAGCAUCUUCUCACGUGCGGGCAGCACUAUGUCGAGAAUAGGCUUCUAACAUUUGCUUUGAACUGGCAGGAAGGCUACCUUCAUCCGCUUCCAGAGCUCGAUAAUUUCGUGGCGCGCCUUGUCCCUGGACAGAUGGAGGCGAUUCAGUACCUGACGCUGUCAUUUGACUGCGAGACUGGGCUAGCUCCUGGUAUUGAGGUCGAGAAGCUGGCCCUGCUCACUGGACUUCGUCACCUACACGUGAAAAUACUUGCAUGGUUUUGCCAGUGUCCUGAACUUAGCAAAGAUGAUCAUCAUCUCGAGGCAGCAGUGAAGGUGGUUGACGAGAGAAUUCUUGCCAAAUCUUAUCCCAAAAACGAAGACAAAGGGAGUGGGAGGUCGAAUUACAAACUCAUUGGGGGAGGAAUCGUAACGUUCCACCUUUGUGAUUCGCACGAUGCAUUCCUGUCUGAACAGAGUACGCUCAGUUGA